AUGCUACAGACCAGGAGGAUCCUGAUCCCAGACCAGCCCUGCUUACAGACCAGGAGGAUCCUGAUCCCAGAUCAGCCCUGCUACCGACCAGGGGGAACCUGGUCCCAGAUCAGCCCUGCUACCGACCAAUCCCCACCACAUCUAGAUCCCCCUCACCACAUCCAGAUCUCCCCUCACCACAUCCAGAUCCCCCUCACCACAUCCAGAUCCCCCUUCACCACAUCCAGAUCCCCUCACCACAUCCAGAUCCCCCUCAUCACAUCCAGAUCCCCCUCAUCACAUCCAGAUCCCCCUCACCACAUCCAGAUCCCCCUCACCACAUCCAGAUCCCCCUCACCACCACAUCCAGAUCCCCCUCACCACCACAUCUGGAUCCCCCUCACCACAUCCAGAUCCCCCUCAUCACAUCCAGAUCCCCCUCAUCACAACCAGAUCCCCCUCAUCACAUCCAGAUCCCCCUCACCACCACAUCUGGAUCCCCCUCACCACAUCUGGAUCCCCCCUCAGCACAUCUGGACCCCCUCACCACCCACCCCUCACCACAUCCAGAUCCCCCUCACCACAUCCAGAUCCCCCUCACCACAUCCAGAUCCCCCUCACCACAUCUGGACCCCCCCCUCACCACAUCUAGAUCCCCCUCACCACAUCCAGAUCCCUCCCUCACCUCACCACAUCCAGAUACCCCCCACCACAUCUGGACCCCCCUCACCACAUCUGGACCCCCCUCACCACAUCCAUCCAGAUCCCCCUCACCUCUCUACAUCUGGAUGCCCCCUCACCACAUCUAGACCCCCCUCACCACAUCUGGAUGCCCCACCCUCACCACAUCUGGAUGCCCCCCUCACCACAUCUACCACAUCUGUAUCCCCCCUCACCACAUCUGUAUCCCCCUCACCACAUCUAGAUCCCCCUCUCCACAUCUAUCCCCCUCACUCACCACAUCUAGAUUCCCCCUCACCACAUCUGGACCACCCCCCACCCCCUCACCACAUCCAGAUCCCCCUCACCAUAUCUAGAUUCCCCCUCACCACAUCUGUAUCCCCCUCAUCACAUCUGUAUCCCCCCUCACCAUAUCUGGACCAACCCCACCCCCUCACCACAUCCAGAUCCCCCUCACCACAUCUAGAUCCCCCUCACCACAUCUGGACCCCCCCCCGCCACCACAUCUGGAUGCCCCCUCACCACAUCUGGAUGCCCCCCUCACCACAUCUGGAUCCCCCCCUCACCACAUCUAGAUCCCCCUCACCACAUCUGGACCCCCCACCCCCCUCACCACAUCUGUAUCCCCCCUCACCACAUCUGUAUCCACCCCCACCCCCUCACCACAUCUGUAUCCCCCUCACCACAUCUGUAUCCCCCACCCCCUCACCACAUCUAGAUCCCCCUCACCACAUCUGGAUCCCCCCCCACCCCCCUCACCACAUCCAGAUCCCCCUCAUCACAUCCAGAUCCCCCUCACAUCUAGAUCCCCCUCACCACAUCUAG